AUGAGCUGCAAAGAGAAGUGGGCUGGCUACCUCACCAAUAAGCUAAAGCACUUUGACUGUGUGACAACACAGCGUGUUGAGAGUGGUCAUCAUGCCCUGAAAAGGAGUAUCUUGGCUCUCCAGUCUUUGGACUCCUUGUUUGAGCAAAUAUGCUUAUAUCUCUUGCAAUUUGAGGGUGACUACCAAGAUCGUACACUGGAUGAGAAGUUGGUGACCGAUGCAAAAAUCCUUGCUGAUGAGCGCCUUUGUGGAUUGGUCCACUCGGUUUCCAGAAUGGCAUUGUUCACGAUUCGCGCUGAACUUCUUGAAGAGAUUAUUAUUGGUGAAGCUUGUUACUGCAGAGUAAAGACUAUGUUUGGUCUCCCUUGCCGUCAUACUCUGCCACGAAAUCGGGCCCUCACACUUGCAGACAUUCCUGAAAGAUGGGUUCUCUCUUCUGCCCUCCCAUUCUAUAAUAAGGAAGUAGAAAAAUUGGAAAGAGAACAACAAAUCUGUAACCUGAUGGCAAAGGUGAACGAUCUUAUAAAUAAUGCUGGUAAUUUAAAGGAUCACCGAGAGGUUGCCUUUCCUUUGUCAAGUGAGGUCAAAGCUCCCGGAAGACCUAAGCACGUCAAAAGAAAAACUGCUCUCCCAAAGGACUUUGUCCGUCACAAGCACAGACAUCUCCUUGUGCAAAAGAACAAAAAUGAUAUCAGAAGUAUUUUGAAAGAAGGACUUAAAGAAGUGAUGAAGGAGUUCUUAGAGGAGGAGCCUCUCAAAAAAAUCAUAAAAGAAAUAAAAAAAGAAACCCAAUUCGCUGAAAAACAAGAGCCUCUCAAAGAAGCUAAAACAACCAAUUUUGCUAAAAAGCAAGAGCCUCUCGAAGAAGCUAAAAAAUAUUUCUCUGGAAUUAAAAGACCUAAACAUCUUCAAGACGACUACUGGUACAAUUUGCCUAGUCCAAAAAAACAAAACAAAAAUGUGCAUGACUUUGCUCUGCCUGCUCAAAUUGACCAAGCUGCCAUUUCGUUGACGUUUAACCCCAAGUCAAAUGGUUGGUGCGGUUUCCGUGUAUUUGCACACCUGAAAGAGGGUGGAGAGGAUCAGUUUCCUUUGGUGAAGAAGAAGAUGUUGGCCACGAUGGCAACCCAUGGUAAACUUUACAAGCACAACUUUGGCAUUGAUGUUGCCAAAGUGACAGAGGUCAUUGCCUUUGGCUCCGAGAUUGACCCUGCUCUUGGGGAAAAUAUCCCAUCUUGCCCUUCCUCUAUGUGGUUCUCUGCACCAGACUGUGCUCAGAUAAUAGCUGACACCUAUAACAAGCCUGUUUGUGUGUACUCGGACGAUCGGAGCGUCUUGCCUGUAACUUUCCUUCCCCUCCAUGAUCGGAAGCCUCUCAAAAGAAAGCCAUUGCCAAUGGUCUUGCACCAUGUACAUGGGUGCCACUGGACAACAAUUAAAGUGAAGCCUCAUGUACAUCGGUCCUGGCCUGAGUUCCCAAAGAACAAGUCUUAUCUUUUACCCUCCACUACUACUACUACAAUUACUACUACUGCCACUAACUCUCCUACAAAUUCUCCCGUAAAUUCUUCCAAUAUUAUUGACCUCACACAUAUAUAA